GGUGGAGGAGCUCACAGAGUGGUCCUGGCUACCAUUCCAGACCCCACUCCGAACCCUCGGGGAUGCCUCUCCACUCAGGUUCCUUGGCCCGCUGCAUUCCCCCUGUCUCCAGUCCGCAGGGGCUCCUCUGAGUCCCUUCCCCCAUGCCCAAGCCCCCAUGGCAGGCAUGGUGGCAGUGAGCCGGGGGCGGCCACCGCGGGUCAGCAUGCAGGAGCACAUGGCCAUUGAUGUGAGCCCCGGCCCUAUCCGGCCCAUCCACCUCAUUUCCGACUAUUUCCCACAUUUCUACCCCUUUACUAAGCACAGCCUGCCCACCCUAGACCCACACCCUGCAGUGACCCCUGCCAUACACUCUGCACCCCAGCUGCAGCCUGAUCCAGAGCCGGAAGGAGAUUCAGACGACAGCACUGCCCUGGGCACCCUUGAGUUCACGCUUCUUUUUGAUGCGGACAACAGCGCCCUGCACUGCACGGCUCACUGUGCCAAGGGGCUCAAGCCACCGGCCUCAGGCUCUGUGGACACCUAUGUCAAAGCCAAUCUGCUGCCAGGGACCAGCAAGGCCAGCCAGCUUCGGACCCGCACAGUUCGGGGCACAAGGGGCCCUGUCUGGGAGGAGACACUCACCUAUCAUGGCUUUACCUGCCAGGAUGCUGGGCGGAAGACUCUGCGGCUGUGUGUGUGUGAGGACCCACGGCUGCGGCGACGGCGGCGGGCGCCUCCCCUGGGGGAGCUGCGGGUACCCCUGAGGAAGCUGGUGCCCAACCGAGCCAGGAGCUUUGAUGUGUGUCUGGAGAAGCGGAAGCUGACCAAGAGGCCCAAGAGCCUGGACACAGCCCGUGGCAUGUCCCUGUAUGAGGAGGAUGAGGUGGAGGCGGCUGGGGAGGAGCGGGGGCGCAUCCUGCUAUCACUGUGCUACAGCUCUCAGCAGGGCGGCUUGCUGGUAGGUGUGCUGCGUUGCGCCCACCUUGCCCCCAUGGAUGCCAAUGGCUAUUCGGACCCCUUUGUUCGCCUUUUCCUGCAUCCAAAUGUGGGGAAGAGAUCUAAAUACAAGACCAGUGUUCGGAAGAAGACCCUGAACCCUGAGUUCAAUGAGGAAUUCUUCUAUGCAGGCCCAAGGGAGGAGCUGGCCCAGAAGACACUGCUGGUGUCUGUAUGGGACUAUGAUCUGGGUACAGCUGACGACUUCAUUGGUGGGGUCCAGCUGAGUAGCCAGGCCGGUGGGGAAUGUCAGCAGCACUGGUGUGAAUGCCUGGGCCGCAGUGACUGCCGACUGGAGCUGUGGCACCCGCUGGACGGUACGCCCCUCCAGCUCAGCGACUAGAAGUGGUACCCAGCCUGUUCCUGCCUACCACCCUCCCUCAAACUGACCCAUAGAGCUGGGAGGACCUGGAGCUGCCCCACCCACCGUGCCCAGCCCCACAUCAAAUUGUUUGCUUUCUUAUCCCCCUUUCAGAUUCACUCCCCUGCCAACCAUAA